AUGCGCCCAAAGGAGUCGGGGCAGGGCUCCGCCGGGGAUGGGCCCGGGGAUUCCCCGGCGACUACCCCCGCACCCCCGCCCGCAGCCAGUCCCGCUCCAGAGCCCUCCGCCGAGCCUGAACCCGCGCCUGAGCGGGCACCCGCUGCGGGACAGGGAGAAGGAUCCGGGUCCCCAUCCGUCUCGGGACCCCCAGGCGGAGCUUGCCCAGCCUCCGAGGUUGGAUCAGAGGCGGGAGCCCAAGGCGCGUCCGCAUUCUCGCCCGUCCAGGAGAAUGCCGAGUCUGUGCCCAGCAACUCGGACGCGCCGGGGACCCGCGUCAAAUCCCAAGGGCCUCUUGAUCCUCAGGCCACUGGUCUGGGGACUGGAAAGGCGGCGGAAAUCUGGAAGACGCCGGCUGCCUACUUCGGCCGGUGGUCGGGAGUAUCGAGCCCCGAGCGUGCCACCUUUAUUCGGGAGCUGGAGGAAGCGCUGUGUUCUGACCAGCCCCUGUCAGACAAGAUCACCCGAGAAGAUGUCAAAGUGAUGUUAAACGUGCUACAGGAGUGUCUCCCUCCUGUCUGGGAGUCCCAGAAACCAGGAAUUUAUUUCCCAUGGAUGGCUCCUCUGCAGAGAGAGCGGGACCUGAAUACAGCAGCUCGCAUAGGCCAGUCCCUGGUGAAACAGAACAGUGAUCUCAUGGAGGAGAACAGCAAGCUGGAAGCCAUGCUGGGCUCGGCCAGGGAGGAGAUUUUGCACCUGAGACACCAGGUGAGCUUGCGGGAUGACCUCCUUCAGCUCUACUCAGACUCUGAUGAUGAGGAGGAGGAGGAAGACAAAGAGGAAGAAGAGGAGGAGGAGAGGGAGGAAGAGAAGAAGAAAAAGGAGGAGCCGCAGCAUAAUCAUCCCUAUGAAGCCCCUGAGCUGACACCUGCAGCCGAGUCGGAGCCGCAGCACCACUGCCCGCAGCUAGAAGCCCUGCAGGAGCAGCUGAGGCUGCUGGAGGAGGAGAACGAGCAGCUGAGAGAGGAGGCCUCUCAACUUGAUGUCCUUGAGGAGGAGGAGAUGCUUAUUCUGGAAUGUGUGGAGCAGUUUGCGGAGGCCAGCCAGCAGAUGGCUGAGCUGUCGGAGGUGCUGGUGUUCAGGAUGGACAACUAUGACCGGCAGCAUAAGGAGGUCAUCCAGCUGCGGGCCCAGGUCACCAGCCUGCAGCAGUGCUGCCAGUCGCUGCAGGACCUUCGGGAGAAGUACGUGGAGUGUGGGGGCACACUGACUGAGGACCAGGAAGAUGCGAAGACCUUCCGCCAGCAAAUCCCAGAGCCCACGGGCCCUGUCACUCACUAUACGUACACCAUACCUCUGGAGGCAAUUCCAGAAUUCCAGGCAUCCCUGGCUGAGACGCUCAGAAGAUGUAUGAGGAAUAUGGCCCCAAAGCCUGAUUUUAUUAUGGAAAGGAAUUAUGGAAUGAAAUCAGAGGAGACGUUAAACCUGAGUGAGGAGCAGGAGUCCGAGUCUGAGGAGGGAUCCAUGACAGAAGAGGAUUUCAUGCCCAUGGAGGAGCUGGGGGCCACAGAAGAGGUAGUGCCAGCUGAGGAGGGGCCGACGGAAGAGGCCUGGGAGGAGGUGGAGCCGGAACUGGAUGAGGCAACUCGGAAGAAUGUGGUGACCUCAGCCCUGGAGGCCAGAAGCUUGGGCCCCUCGCACCUGGACGCGAAGUACGUCCUCCAGCAACUGGCCAGCUGGCAGGACGCUGGUUAUAAGCAGCAGCAGCCAAGGCAGAAGACGCUCCAGAAAGGUGAGUGCUCCCAUGGGGGCCUCCCUCCAGCCAGCCGGACAAGCUGCAGAACGUCAAGCCGCUGA